UUAUAUUAUAUUUCGAUCAAGUUAAAAUCGAUCGCCAUAGAGAUAUACAAAAAGAGAAUCGGAAGAGGAAAAACGAGGAAUAGUCAUAGAUCGAAUGGCACUAUGGAAAACCCACAUAAAAAAAUGAUGACGUCGUGUACUAAUGUGUCAGAACAGGCACAUCAUGUAUCAAGAACUAAACGGGGUCAAGCUAUAGGUCAUGUAAGAGGUUUUCGUGGGUGUACAGUAUGGUUGACCGGUCUCUCAGGAGCAGGGAAAACUUCUAUAGCUUUUCAAGUGGAAGCAAUAUUAGUUGAUCAUGGAAUUGCAGCAUACGGGCUUGACGGAGAUAACGUCAGAAGUGGUCUAAACUGCAAUCUAGGCUUCAGUAAAGAAGAUAGAAAAGAAAAUAUAAGGAGAGUUGCAGAAGUCGCGAAAUUAUUUGCGGAUAGUGGACAAAUAUGUUUAUGUAGCUUCGUAUCGCCAUUCGAAGAAGAUAGACAAAUGGCAAGAGAAAUACACAAAGCCUCGGAUCUUCCAUUCUUUGAAGUUUUCGUUGAUACACCGCUUAAUGUUUGUGAAGCUAGAGAUACAAAGGGACUUUAUAAGAAAGCACGGCAAGGUGCUAUAAAAGGUUUUACUGGCAUAGAUCAGAUGUAUGAAAGACCCAUUAAUCCUGACUUGGUGGUAACCACAGAAAACUGUACUUUAGAAGAAUCAGCUGCAACGGUGAUCGAUCUUCUGGAAAAACAGUGUAUCAUACCAGUAUUACCAAAACCUACUGCACCUAUAAGAGAACUGUUUGUUCCAGAAUCCAGAAUUGCUUCUGCCAAAGCAGAGGCAGACACUUUACAGAGUGUAGAAAUUACUAAGAUUGAUAUACAAUGGCUUCAGAUUCUAGCAGAAGGUUGGGCUCUCCCACUUACUGGUUUCAUGAGAGAAAGCCAAUACCUACAGACUCAACAUUUGAAAUGUCUACUUGAAGGUGGAAAAGAAGUAAAUCAGUCUAUUCCUAUAGUUCUUGCAAUAAGCACUACAGAUAAACUUCGUUUGGAGGGACAUUCAGCGAUAACACUUAGAUAUAAAAACAAGGCUUUGGCAAUAUUACGAAGACCAGAGUUUUAUUUUCAUAGGAAAGAAGAAAGAUGUGGGUGGCAAUUUGGAACUAACAACUUAGGUCAUCCUUAUGUGAAGAUGAUUUAUGAAUCAGGAGAUUGGCUGGUAGGUGGGGAUAUAGAAGUUCUAGAAAGGAUUAAAUGGCAUGAUGGUCUUGAUAUAUAUAGAUUGACACCGAAUGAAAUUAGAGCAAAAUGUAGAAAAUUGAAAGCUGAUGCAGUAUUUGCAUUUCAACUUAGAAAUCCUAUACAUAAUGGUCAUGCCUUACUUAUGCAGGAUACGAAAAAACGUUUACUUGAAGAAAGAGGUUUUAAAAAUCCUGUAUUAUUAUUACAUCCACUAGGAGGUUGGACAAAAGAAGAUGAUGUACCUUUACAUACAAGAAUUAUGCAACAUAAAGCUAUUUUGGAAGAGGGUGUACUCGAUGCAAAUUCUACUUUACUAGCUAUUUUUCCAAGUCCUAUGAUGUAUGCUGGUCCUGUUGAAGUACAAUGGCAUGCUAAAGCCAGAAUGAAUGCAGGGGCAAACUUUUACAUUGUGGGUAGAGAUCCAGCUGGUAUACCACAUCCAAAUAAAAAAGCUACACCUGAUGGUAAUCUCUACGAUCCUACUCACGGUGCGAGAGUUCUUUCAAUGGCACGAGGAUUACAAAGUUUAGAAAUCAUUCCGUUUAAAGUUGCGGCAUAUGAUAAGAAAAAUAAGAAAAUGUCCUUUUUCGAUCUAGAACGGAAACAAGAUUUUGAUUUUAUAUCAGGAACGAGAAUGCGCGAUUUAGCUAAAGCAGGAAAAUGUCCACCUGAUGGUUUUAUGUCUCCAAAAGCAUGGAAUGUCCUUGCACAAUAUUAUCAAAAUGUAAAUAAGGAUUAAUCAGAAUUCAUUUAGAAUUAAGUGCUAUUUUAUAGUAUAGAUCUAUAAAUUAGACCACUUCAUAUAGUGCAAUUACUCUAUUUACAUCUUCUUAUACUAAUUAACAUAUGCCACACUAUACAAAAGUAAGAGUGAAGUAUGGUUUUAACUAAAUGUUUGUACAUGUAUAUUAAAAAUUUUUCUCUUGUACAGCAUAAUAUUGGGGAUUUAUCCCUUCAUUAGAUAGGUUGAUGUCUAUUUGCAAUGAUUCUGCAAUGUGUAAGUAAUUUUAUUUUUUACCUACAAAGAAACUGAUGAUGAUAUAUAUAUAUAUAUCACAUAUGUAUAUGUGUUGACAAAAAAUACGAAAUGUGUGAUAUAUAAUAUGUAAUAUUGAAAAUAUUUCGAAUUGACAACAUAAUAUACACAGCUUUAGUAGCAUAAGGUACAAAUUAGUUACAAAAUACUUAGGAAAGAAAAAAAAAAUUUUAUAGUAAUUACGUACAAAUAAGAAUAAUUCAAUGUAUACAAAUAAGUAAUAAACAUAUUACAUGCACAUGA